UCUUUCCCACUCCGCUCCUUUAGGUUCACAUGCACUACUCCUUCCAUUUUUACUCUUCCAGAACCAAGACAAAAACCUCUCUCUCCGUCUGUCUCUCUCUCUCUCUAGUUUCCCUUGGCUCUCCAGAAUCCUUCCCUGGAUAUGAUAUGAUCAACUUGUCUGUACAAACCAAAUCCAACCGUUGGAUUUCUUGAACCCCCUCCAAUUCCAUCCCUUGUGUUGUCUUCUUCCCUGUGAAUAAAAGCUAAUUCUUGAAUGCACAAACAAACACAUCCCAUAUUACAUUGUUGCUGGGCUCAACUAUAUUCAUACAACCACAUUCUAUAUAUGCUUUAUCCAUGGCGGAUAUCUACCAAGAACAGGGUGAGAUUGUUGGCAAUGGGAAUGAUAUUAGCAGGGAAGAUAUUCAAGCUGCCAUUGCCAAGAAGGCGGAGCUCAGAGCUCUUCACGCUGCUCUAAUGCAGGGCAGCAGCCCUUCCAGCCUGAGAUUCCCAUCUGCCUCCCCUGUUUCUCGCCAUUCCCCCCACUUUUCUGCCCAAGAUUACCCUGUUUUUACCCCAAGUUAUGAUGACGAGCCAUUACCAGGGUACCACCAAAUUCUGAUGGAGAAUCGGAACUACGGUGAAAGCUGGGGGGAGCGUGCCUUUGAUGGAGGCAACGUUGAUGAAACCGUCUUAUCAGAUUACAGAACGCCGAAUGCAUCUUCAAGAAAAGGGUUGCCACCUGAUUUCAUGAACUGUGAGGUCCAUGUUUGCCCUGCAGAUGAUCAAGUUUCUGUUGCAGCUUCUUGUGUGAAUAACAGUAAUGUGUUUGGGUCAUCACCCGGACCUGAUUACUUCAGGCGUAGGAGAAAUAGCAUGGGGGAAAUCAGAUCAGUAUCGUCUUGCAACAAAUGCAGGCCUGCGAUAAUAAGCAGUGAGCCAGACGGCCUUACCAAGAACGGCAGGAAGUCUAACAUUGUCGUCCCAUUGACAGAUUCACACUCUUCUCUUCACUCACAUCCAAGAAACAAGGGGUUAAAUUUUUCUUGGCUGUUUCCAAGGCUAAAGAAGAAAAACAAGAAUGAAAGUUCACCGGUCCGUUUUCAGGCUGAGGAAGUACCACAAAUGGUUAAGGACUCAGGGACUGCAUCAGUUGAAACGUUGAGGAAAGAGCUAAUGGAAGCAAAUGAGAGUAGAGAUGCAGCCUUGAAUGAAGUUGCGGAAAUGAGGUCAUCGUUGGAGGAGUUCAGUCAGAAACUGGAGUAUUUGGAGACUUACUGCGAAGAACUGAAGAAGGCCUUAAAACAAGCCGUGCAGGUAAAGAUUUCUCUGCCUGCUGAAAAGCUGGAAAAUCCUCCAAGAAGAGGAAAAUCAAUUGAUGGGAUUGCAGAAAACUCAAUGCCUGUGAGUGAGGAAGUAAUGGUUGAGGGCUUCUUGCAAAUCGUAUCAGAAGCAAGAUUAUCAGUGAAGCAAUUCUGCAAGACUCUACUCGGGCAACUUGAUGAAACUGACCAUACUCUAGCCGAAACCUUGAACCUGCUGCUUCAACCAUACAAGCUGUCCCUAAACUCAAAAUAUUCCAAAGCAGUUCUAUACCAUUUGGAGGCCAUCAUAAACCAGUCACUCUAUCAGGACUUUGAGAACUGUGUGUUCCAGAAAAACGGCGCCCAAAAGCUCCUGGACCCUCAACAAGACCGCCAAGCUCGUUUCCAGUCAUUUGUCGCGUUGAGAAAUCUAAGUUGGAACGAAGUAUUGAGAAAAGGGACUAAGUUUUACAGUGAAGAAUUUAGCAAGUACUGUGAUAAAAAAAUGAGUGGAAUCAUCACAACUUUAGGGUGGACUAGGCCAUGGUCUGAGCAGCUCCUCCAGGCCUUUUUUGUGGCUGCAAAGUGCAUAUGGUUGCUGCAUUUGCUCGCAUUCUCGUUCAAUCAGCCUUUGGGAAUUCUGAGAGUCGAGGAGAACAUGCUCUUUGAAUCCGACUACAUGGAGGAUAUUUUCGCUGACAGGCAAAGAUCGCAGGGCCCGAGCCGAGUCAAGAUCAUGGUAAUGCCAGGUUUUUAUGUGCUAGAUAGAGUACUCAAGUGUAAGGUUCUCUGCAGAUAUAAAUCUGUAUCCUAAUUCUGAGUAGUUUUCAUCUGUUCUCUUUUUUCUUUUAUCUCUUUGAAGUGUUCAAAUGCUUCAUGAAUAAACCAAUAACUUGUAAUUUCUAUCUACUCUUGAUCACUUAUUGCAUAAGAAGCUUGUUUAGGUCACACAAUCAGAAUCUGAUCCUUGGCUAUGAGAAAGGGUGACUAUGCUCAAAAA